AUGCGUGUACAGUACGCGUUUGUCGUGUUGGCGAUCGCCACGGCCGUCGUCCGGGUCGACGGGUACCUCGACAUCUUGUCCAACUUGCACGAUUGCGGGUCGACGGGCUUGGACACGUGCCUCGAACGUCGAUUGGCGAGAUCCAUCGAUGAAGUAUUGGACAAGAACGAGACUUAUCGGCUGAACCGGUAUCUGACCGUUACCGCUGUCGGUAACCACCGCCAACAUACUGAAGGCGACGACUUGGCCGCGAGGUUUUUGGAAUUUUUCAACGCACUGCAAAUCCAAUACCAACCAGAAGAAGACGACGGAUUGACCGAUGACGUUUCCGAAGUUACAGGUCGUAAGAAAAAAGGCUACAAGAAAAAAAAUCACAAAUUGGGGAUGAUGAUGGGAUUCACGUCGAUGGGCAUGACCAUCAUCGGCGGCCUGUUCAACAAGAUGAUGAUGGGCGGCGCGAUAUCGAUAGCCGUGAAAGCUCUGAUCAUAGCCAAAAUCGCUCUGCUCCUGGCCGGCACCAUGGCGAUAAAAAAGCUGUUGAGCGGUAGUGGCGUCGGUGUCAGCGUUCACCCUUCGUGGAACGGCGGCGGGGGCGGUGGUGGAAACGAACAUCACAGCGGGUAUCGCAGGAGUUACCCCCCGCCGCAGAGUAUGACCACAGCCGAUGCGAUGGCUUACAAGGAUCAAAUCGACUCGUAUAGCGACGCCCAAUAUUCCGGGUAGUCUUGUGAUGUAGGACGUAGGUAUAUGAUUAGUGGCGGAUUAGAGGGUUCAAAAAUAAAUUCGUAAAAUCCAUAGGAGGGGCAUCGUAUAAAAUGUAGCAUUAGAUACUUACGAAAUUGUUGUUUUUAUUAACCGCUAUAACCUGACAAUGGUAAAUGAUAUUGAAGUUUGC